CCUUAACGCGCCGCGUGUCGCUCUUAGUCCCCCCGGAAUCCAGACUAAACAUAACCACCCCAGAAAAAUUAACCCAGCCCCAGAUCAAAAUCAAAAUCUGAAUCAAAACACAAAAAACGCGGUGUGGAAAAAUCCCUAAAUCCAAAAUAAUAUCGUUAAACGGAAAGUUAAGUAACCCCAAAAAAAAGUUUUUUUUUGCUGUGCGAAUCGAGACAAAGAAGAGUGCCAAAAAAAAAAAAAAGAAAUCAAAGAGCAACAAGAGAGGAUUACCAUUUGGAAAAGGAGCUAAAGAAACCAAUGCAAAGAUGUGCCACAAUUCAGGGAUCGUGGAGAAAAACAACGAGCAGCAGAUCGAACGCUAUAUGGCCUGUGGAAUGCCAUCGAAGGCGGUGAAGAGUGUCAAGUACACCCUGAAGAAGCGCGAGAGGAAGGAGAAGCUGAGGAGGGAGCAGCAGGAUCUGCACAGGGAACAGCAGUUCCUCGAGGAUCUCGAACUGAGCAGCAGCAGCAGCAACAGUGAUUCCUCCUCGAUCACUGGUAGCGAUAGCGAGGAUAGCGGCGUUACCGAAACCCUUAUGAAAUCCCCAACAGCGGUUGAGACCACUCCUAUGACCAGCACCUCCUCUCCCACCUCCCAAACACCCAGAAGUGACCUCCUGCGAUUCUGCCCACAUUUUCGCAGGCUCCAACAAGAGCAGCAGCAGCAAAUGCUCAAGGAGAUGGAACUGCAGGAGGAUGAACCCUUGGCCGUAAGCGCCGCUGCUUUGAAGGCUCAGCAGCAGCGCAAACUGAGCUCGAUGGAGCCGUCAAUGGACGACGCCCUGGCCAUCGGCACCCAGAUGACGCGACAGGUGUCCGAGCGAAUUACCUGCCUGGUGGCCCAGCUGCAGGCCAGUCGCAUUUACACAAUUCUGACGCGUACAACACAACCAGCACACUUGAUAGCCGUUUGCAUAUUGGCCUUUGUGCUGAUGACUGUGGGACGCGACCUCAUCGACCCAACGACAACAGUAGCAACAGAAACCGCAGCAGCAACAGAAACCGCUGCAACAACGACGAGAACAGCAACGGGUGGCGUUUUGGCGGCCCUGGUAUUUCUAGGCGCCUUUGCCACCCACUUUGGGUCGCAGAUCUGGAUGACAUUUGUCUCGGGUCUCUCGCUGUAUUUCUCCCUGCCCCGUCACAUUUUUGGGCAGUGCCAGCAGAUCCUGUUCCCGCGCUACUUCGCCCUGAACGCCAUGCUCAGUCUGACGAUGCUGGUGGUGUAUGCCAAGUAUUUCCUUACUGGCUGGACUACAGCGGCUGGCAUCCAGAUGGGUUCGCUGGCGCUGGCGGCUGCCAUUGAGGUGGUGGUGCGUCUGUAUCUGGUGCCACCGAUGCUGCAGCUGAUGCACGAGAAGUACAGGAUUGAGGACGCGAUCGGCAGUGGCCAGGAGGUGGGCAGCCUUGUCCAGGGCGACCUCGUCGACUGUCCGCACUACCAGCGCAUCCACAAGGGCUUCCGGCGCAUCCACAUGACCAUCGCCAUUGGCAACAUGACGGUCAUGCUGACCACCUGCCUGCAGCUGUAUUUUCUGGCAUCGAAAAUACGCCUCAGCUAAGGCACAGCCGGAGUGAAGAAUUUAUAGAUUAGGAUUCCACGCCACAUACUACAUGCAUCAUCACUUCUCUAUUUCAAUGUUCGAUAACUGUCUCAAAUUUUUAAUUGCUAUUGAAACAUUGAUCUUUUGAAUGCCCUCCCACCCUCCGCCCUCUCCGCACCGCACACCAACGCACGAAAAUAUUUAAUUUCUCCCCAGGACGCCUUGUUUUCGGCAACCUUCCAAUCUGAUUUCCUGUGAUAAACUCAGCCCGCCUUCCACAAUACCACAGCACCGAAACCAACACCCACCACCCAAAGACCCACCCGCAGAGCACAGCACAUUUAGCCCAUAGUCGAUAGCCAAUAAUUUACACGGAGUUAUUAAUUAAUAGCCUAUUGAUAAUUAUACUUAUACUUUUUUUUCUCGAGCGAGAGCAAGUGAAUCAUUAAUUUUCUUCUGUUAUUUAUUAAUCCAUCGAAAACUAUGUUUUUCUCGAUUUAAGCGCGGAUAUUUUAGUGAAUAUAAUUUAUAUAAAAACAAAACAAAACAAAACAAAAAAACAAAACAAAUCAAAACAAAAAACCAAAAUAGUAAAAAAAAAACCAAAAAACAAAAAAAAAUCAAUUAAUAAAAUAUCCAAACAAAGUCAAUGUGUACAAUUCAAAUGAUUGUUUUUCUUGUACGGGAAACACUUGG